AUGGAUCCGCAGCUCACAGAAGUUUCGCAGCAGUUCGAGAGAUUCAAGGCGGCGUUUGUGAGGAAGGAUUACAGUAGCUGCAGUGAUCUGUUGUCAAAGCUUAAGGUUCUUCUGACGAAAUUCUCGAGUCUUCCUCCAUUGUUUGAGAGUACACCAAAUGCAGCUCAGGAGCUGACGAUUGCAAGGGACAUUUAUGAGCACGCUGUUGUUCUAAGCGUAAAAACUGAGGAUCAAGAUGCCUUUGAGAGAGAUUUCUUCCAGUUGAAACCCUACUAUGUGGAUGCCAGGAACCGUCUUCCCCAAUCUCCACAGGAGCAUCUAAUCCUGGGUCUGAACCUUCUGAGGCUGCUUGUACAGAACAGAAUCGCUGAAUUCCACACCGAGCUCGAGCUACUCUCGUCAGCUACACUGGAGAAUCCUUGCAUCAAGCAUGCGGUAGAGCUUGAGCAGUCCUUCAUGGAAGGUGCCUACAACCGUGUGUUGAGUGCUAGGCAGACCGCGCCCGAUGCAACCUACGUCUAUUUCAUGGACCUCUUGGCAAAGACCAUUAGAGAUGAAAUAGCUGGAUGCAGCGAGAAAGCCUAUGAUUAUGUCUCUAUCAGCGAUGCCAAACAGAUGUUGCUCUUCUCUUCUGAUCAAGAACUCUUAACCUAUGUCAAAGAGGAGCACUCCGAGUGGGAAGUGAAGGACGGGCUUGUUGUGUUCCAGAAGGUUAAAGAAACUGCACCUUGCAAAGAGAUUCCGUCUCUGCAACUCAUCAACCAGACUCUAAGCUACGCCAGAGAGCUUGAGCGCAUCGUGUAA